AUGAAAAUGAAAAAAAAAAAAAAUAUAUGUUUUAGACAAAUAAACUAUAUAGCUAGUUCAAAAUUAUGUAGGUUUAUAUAUAUUAUAUAUAUAUUCUUAUAUUUUGCUAAAUAUUCAGUAUGUUUUAAGUUUUCAAAAGAACAUAAUAAAUUUAAUUAUAAUAAUUUUUUAUAUUAUGAUAAUAGAUUAAAUAAUAAUUAUAAUGGUAGAAAAAAUGCAUUAAAUUAUAAAAGUAAUUCAUAUAAUUUUAAAAAGGAUGCAUUUUUAUAUAAUAACAAAUUUAAAUUAAAAAGUGAAAGAGUUGAUAAAAUAAUAGAAAGCUUAAAAGAGCUAACUUUAUUAGAAGCUAGCGAACUUGUGAAAAAAAUUGAAAUAACUUUUUCGGUAGAUUUAAAACAAAAUAUUGGAGAUAACAAAGAUGGUCAAGGGAAUAAACAAAAUGAAUCUGAUAAAGAUGGAAAUUCAGAAAAUGAAGAAGAAGAUGAAAAUAAAGUAUAUGAUUUAAUUUUAGAAAGUGUUGAACCAAAUAAAAAAAUACCAAUAAUUAAAAUAGUUAAAGAAAUAAAAAAAGAAUUAAACUUAAAACAAGCAAAAGAUUUAGUUGAUAAUUUACCACACACACUUUUUGAAAAAAUCAAUAAAGAGACAGCGGAAAGUUGGAAAAAAAAAUUGACUGAAGCUGGAGGUAUUGUUAAAUUGAAAUAA